UUUCAUACCGGAAAUCCGGUUGUUCUGUUGAGCGAAGCUAGCUAGCUUCACAAAGCAAACGUCACAGGAAAAUUCUUGAGCAGUUUACUGCACUUGUAACAUUUGCAAGUCAUUCAGAGGCAAAAGUCCACUGUUGGUCCGACAUCUGGGUUGCGCCACAAAUAUGACCAAGCACGAGUUUGAGGUGGCGAUGACGUGUGAGGGAUGUUCAGGAGCCGUUACCAGAAUCCUCAACAAGCUGGGAGAUGUGAAGUUUGAGAUCGACCUGCCUAAGAAACUGGUUUGGAUCGAGUCCGACAAGGACGUGGAAGUUCUCACAGAGACACUGAAGAAAUGCGGGAAGGAGGUCAAGUACAACGGCACUAUAUGAAGGAGUCUGCGUCACGUAGGACAGGAAAUCAUUGCUGCUGAUGAAAAGUGAAGAUUUAUGCUGGAAUUCAAGUUAUUUACCUGUCCUCAAAGUUCUGAUGGAAAAACAGAAAAAAAAAACUGAAAUUUGCUUUAACGCUUUUCCAAUUUAAACUUUACUUUUUUCAUUCAGAACACAAGAGUUUACUUGCUAAAUGUAAUGAGCAAAAUAAUAAUCACGAUAACAUUUUGAUUAAUUGAACAGCCCUACUGUUCCGAGGAAACUUGCCGUUCAAUCCAGAAAUCGUAGCGAAGCGGCUCACACCAUUUUCAGUCUUUCCUGUUUGUGUUAAAGCUGCAAAACAAACACAAAGCAAACUUCCUUUAACACAAAAGUACAUUCCCUGGAUUGUAAAUUAUA